CGGAUUUUGGUUCCCAUUGUUACUCAAACAUCGUCAAACUUUGAUCGAUUUCCGUUCGUUAGCUCCACAACACUGUCGAGAACUCCAUCAAGACUAUCGACACUAUGUGUUUGAUCUUCACGUGCGGCGAGCACACUUUCCGCAAGGAAGUGGAAGGAUAUGAAGGACUCGUGUGCCGGUGCUACAACUGCGGUAACUAUUCGGGCAGUGUUAUAAAGAGCCAUCCAUGGUUCACUUUCUGCUUCAUUCCCGUCAUUCCUCUCUCGAUCAAGGGGUACGAAGACAUCUCGUGCCGCAUUUGCAACUUCCAACAACCACUCGAACAUAGACAGGACGUUCAAGCAAUGCGCCGGGGUGCAGACGGUAACCCGGGAGUGCCGUUACAACACCAACCACCUGGCGCACCUGCUCAAGGACUGCCUCAAGGUUGGGGCCAGAAGGCACCUGAACCGAACCAGCCAAUGCAGUAUCGCUAAAAGUACGAUUCGAGACCGAGGAAAUGGCACGGCGCGAGGACAGCGAGGUUGACUUACGAUCAUAAUAUGCAAUUUUGAAGUCACGAAGAUGGAGUUAUGACCUGGAUGGUGGCUUUAUGUGGACAGGCCCAGAGGAAGCUACAUACAUGGCAGGCGUCGGUUGGAG